AUGUCAGAAGAACUACUGGAUGAAGUCACGUCCAUCAACUCCAUCUACGGCGACAACACGUUAAGUCUCUUGGAGAGCCAGCUGUACAUUCUGGUCCUACCAGCUCAACCGCACAUAUCUCUACGUCUGGGUUUCCCUUCAGACUAUCCAGAUGCGCCCCCGUCUGUUCUCGGCACACAGUCUGUCGGGAGUGAUACGGCCAAAGGCGAAGGCAACCAGGUUGUCGAGGUGGUCCGAGAAGUGCUCGCAGAGGUCUACACUGCGGGAGCCCCAUGCAUUUUCGAUCUCAUCGAGGAAUCCGGUCAGAAACUUCAGCAGCUCGGCCUUGACCAGAGCUCAAAGGACCAGGAACAACAAACUGCUCAAGCGAACGGUCAGGAUGCCCACUCUCACGGCCAGGACUGGGCUGAUUCUGACGGUCAGCAGCCUUUAGAAGAGUUAGGAGACCCUCCCCCAUGGACCUUAUCAGAAGUCAUCACGGAGAAGAAGUCGGUCUUCGUGGCUCGUGCUGCACCUGUAAUUUCAGUCGACGAAGCGAAAGCAUACCUUGCGCACCUACUUGCUACUGACAAGAAAGUUGCCAAAGCUACGCAUAACAUCACUGCAUGGCGAAUUCGAGGCCAGGGCGGCGUGCAGUAUCAAGAUUCCGACGAUGAUGGUGAAACUGCAGCAGGAGGUCGACUUCUUCAUCUGCUCGAGCUAAUGGAUUCCUGGAAUGUCAUGGUAGUGGUGACUCGAUGGUACGGCGGCGUACAUCUUGGUCCUGACCGCUUUCGUCUGAUUAAUCAAUGCGGAAGAGACGCCGUCGUCAAGGCAGGCUUUGGACCGCAAGAGGAAGGCGGUGCAGGCAAGAAGAAAGGCAAAAAAUGA